UGGCAUUUCAACACCUUCGCUUGCUAGGUACUUGAAAAUGAUGUCACGGUGAACUUUUUUUCGCCUCAAGAGCUCUUCAGAAGUCUGAUAAAGCAACGUUAAUAACGUUUGCUGUUUCAAAGUUAGCGUCAUUGUGAGGACAUAUCGGACGUGACAGCGGUUAUCGGACCGGACUUGCUACUUUCGUUUUUCCAAUGCGGAAGAAGAUCUCUACUUGCAGUGCAGCCGAAAUAUACACGCUCUUAAUUCAAUGGCUCAGACCGAGGGCUCUAUAAAGGGCCGUGUGACGGUGUACUCGGUGAUUGGCUGCCCACACUGCCUCCAAGCCAAAUCAACAUUAAAGGAACUGGGAUUGCCGGUGUGUGAUGUGGACAUAAAUCCACACGCAGCUCUAAGGGAUGAGGUGAAGAAGCUGACAGGCCGCAGUACGGUACCUCAGAUAUUCUUCAACAACGUUCAUGUAGGGGGCAAUGACGAUCUGCAAAAGAUGGCUCCUGAGGAGCUUCAGCGGUUGGUGCAAAUGGUGAGGGAACAGCCAAUCCCUGCAGAUGCACCUCCUUUACCUGUGGGGAAUAGUUCAGAUGCUACAGAGGAGAGUGGAGAGUUUAUGUGUGAGAGGGAUGCUUUUGCGGACUUGGUAGAGGAGUUCAAGUCCAGCGGGGUGAUUGGCAGCCACAGGAAGGGGUUGAGAGUGUGCAAGAACAGCUUCACAGGGACAGAGCUGGUGGACUGGCUGCAGACAGAAAAGGGCAUGGACAGGCCAAAGGCACGUGAACUUGGACAGGGUAUAAUGGAGAGAAAGUACUUUAAUGCUGUGGCGGGAAAGGGUGGUUUUGAAGAGAGUAGCACCUUGUUCAGGUUGCUGGAACAUGACCCCAACGCUGCACUCAACACAGGAGAAAUGGCAGCAUGCAGCCCCUUGAAGGCAUCUGAGCUCUCUGAAAUCCUGAGGAACCUCAUCUUGAAACUUUAUGCAGACCACCUCUCCUCUGAUGGCAAGUUUGUGGACUACAAGGCGAUGUCUCAGAGUCCUUUUUUUGAGCAAUACUGUGAGCUGGCGGUGCAGCUGCAGCGUGUGGAGCUUGGCUCCCUCAGCCGGGAGGAAAAGCUGGCCUUCUUCAUCAAUGUUUACAAUGCACUCGUCAUCCACGGAAAUCUACGCAUGGGCAUCCCCAAGAACAUGUGGCAGCGGUAUCGGUUCUUUAACUAUGCGAGCUACCUCAUUGGAGGUGAGGUGUUCACCCUUCAGGAUAUUGAGAAUGGAGUAUUGCGAGGUAACAGGAAGGGCGUUGCACAAAUCCUGAAGCCCUUCUCAAAGAGCGACCCCAGGCUUCAGGUGGCUCUUCCUGAUCCUGAGCCUCUCAUUCAUUUUGCUCUCAACUGUGGUGCAAAAGGCUGCCCCCCAAUUAAAACAUACACACCCCAGGGAAUAGAUAGUCAGCUACGGUCUGCAGCUGAAGCUUUCCUGGAGAAUGAUGAUGGAUGCCUUGUGGACCCCGUUAAAGGAGAGGUGAAGCUCAGCCAGAUAUUCAAGUGGUACAAGGUGGAUUUUGGAGGAACGGAUGAAAAGCUGCUGAACUGGAUCUUAAAGCACAUGAGUGACUCGCCUAAAAAGGUCAACCUGCAAAACCUGCUCUCAUCUGGAUCUAUCAAAGUGAGCUUCAUGCCAUAUGAUUGGUCUACCAACAGCAAAGACUGAGCUGUCCUUCCGUCUGCCUCUGAUGUUCACUGCCAGUUGUCUGAUUAAGUGGACAUUCAAAGUAACCAUUGCUGUCUAGCCCAGUAGGGCAAAGAAAUGUUGAAAAGUAGUCUCUUCUUUUGCAACUGUUGUCUAUGCAUUCAGCAUUUUGUUUGUUUUUUCAGCAUGACCAGGAGCAGUCUAAUCCUGUAGCAUGGUUGAUACUUUUUUUCCGGUCAACACUGCAAAUAAGUUUUCAGCAUUUGCAGAAUUCAAAUCAAAAGGUUUUUUAGAUGAUCUAUCUAUUAUCAAUAUUAUCUGCACUUUUACAAAUAUCCGAGUGUUUUAUAUCAAUUAGCUGAAACAUUGUGCAAAGUAAUAGCAUUUUGACUAAAAAGACCAUAGACAUUAGAGUUCUCUGUAUGAAUUUUUUCUCAAAUUGUUAAAUUAUUAAUUUAUAAAUCAAUACAUUAUUAAACAUUACAACAUUAUUUAACAUCAGAAUACCUCCACUUGCCUUUCAAACUCUGGUUUUGAUGUAUUUCCUUUAACCUGAAGCCUUUUCAUUUGUUUAUCAUACUUUCAUACCAACUUUUGUAAACUCAUGCACCUAAUUAUUAUUUUGCCUUUAUUUAUAAACUGUAAUCUUGUCUGAUGAAGAAUCAGGGCAGAGAAUAAGAGCCAUAGGGCCACCAUUUAUUUAUUCUGAGAUGCUGUUCACCAGAUACUGUGAAAUAAUCUGUCCAUAAAUAUUUGACCACACAAUGUUUUAGUGCACAUGAGAGCUCAAGUAGUGUUGCACAUUUUAGAGGCUUGGAUUUAAUUUCCAUUAUUUAUAUAUAUAUAUAAUAUUAUAAUCGUGGCAUGAUCCAGCCAGUGUUUCCCAAACUGUUCUGCGACACGCUAGUGUGCCAUAAGAGCUGCUCAGGUGUUUUGCAGGAGAACAUCAUUUUCUGUUUUGUUUUUUUGUUUGUUUGUUUGCCGUAAAUAACCUUUAAAUUGUUGAAAUUUAAUUUCAUUACAUUAUAUAUUAGUUCUAAAGUUGUAGUUUAAAAUUACCUUUAAUUUCAUUAAAUGUCAUUAGCUCUGAACUGAACUGACUAUUCUAGUUUGUUCAUACCACUUUUACCACUCAUAGUUUUUAUUGGUCAAUCAAAGGAUAAUACAUACUUGUCCACUAAUACAGUUGCAAUAAACCCUUUCAUUUUGUGACUUGUGGGAUUUUUUUCAUUGUAAAUAGUGUGCCAUGAGAAGAGCGUUUGGGAAACACUGAUCUUGCCUAUGUUAUAUAAGGACGAGCUUCUCUGAGCCUUGCUUUUGUAUUUUUAUAAUAACUAUUAUUCAGUCUUUUGCCAGGAUUGCAUGCCAGGAGCUUUAUUCUGCACACUGGCAUGACAUUUUAUCUCAGUGAUUUUUUAUUAAUUUGCACUCGGGUAAACAUUGCAUGUUUUGAAGUGCUUGUUGCAUGUAUUGUAAACUAGGGGGUUUUAGAAUGGUACACUCUUCAGUUUCUAGCGAGUGCCUUUAAAAUAGAUGCAUGCAAACCAUGGCAAUCUCAGACUGGCCAAUGCAUAUCAUGUCCUACCUAUUGCUGUAGAAUUGUGACCUAUUGACCUUUGGUCUCUAAUACAAGAAAGGUCUCUACUGAAUAUAGAUUUUAUAAAAGUCACUGCUGCAGUAAAUGCCUUUAUGGGAGCAGACACCUGUAAAACCCCAAGUUACCUCUUUUAUCUCCUCACCUAUCAGGAAAAUGUUGUGUAUGAUGCAAGACUGUCUUGGUUCAUCUCAUAACUGUAAUCAUGCUUUUGCAUGGAUCAAGCAAUACUUGAAGAAUCACAUGUGAAUAUGCAAUAUUUCAAUAAUAAAACAAUAUAUAUAGAUUAACA